AACUGGCAUUAACGGACUGCUCUAAAAUUUCGAUUUUUUUUGGUGCCGUGCCACUCUCCACAAAUUCUAGUCAACGGAUUUCCAACGAAGGAUCCGAAGACCGUGGCGUGCUUCUUCUCGGAAACCCUAGCCUAUGUUCGUCUCUUCUUUUUCUUCUGCUUCUUCUUCACUGUUUGAAAUUUCUUCGCAGGUUCAGAUUAUCGCGUGGAGAAUUUGAUAGACUGAUAGCAUUCUAGUCUUCGCGAAUGGCGGAACAGGAAGACAAUAGGAAGGAGCUACCGGGUCCUUCUCAGCCUCCUUUUCUUGAAGUUCUAUGCAAGAGCUGCGGUGAAGUUCGGCGUUUUGCAAGUGGAACAGAUGCUGGGUUUGCAGUGUAUUUGAUAAAUAGUAAGCUAGGUUUUGGAGUUCCACCAGCUCUGUACAUUGAAGCUGCUAAAGAUGGGGAAGAAUCUAUUAGUUUUGGCCCCAAAGCAGCACUGGUCAAUUAUGGUGAAGGUUGGAAAUUGCAGACUACUAUUGAAGAAGUCAUGAAAGAAGGCUAUGAAACAGCAUCUCAGACGCAGCAGAUACCAAAGCAAAUUUUAAGUUUGAUGAAACCAUCUGAAAGCAAUUAUAUUGGGAAGCCAGCUGCUGGAACAAGUCCCACGACAAGUUUUCAAUAUAUUGUAAAGAUACUGAUUGCUUUUUCCUUGAUGCUUCUGCUCGGAGGAGCUCUAGUUUUCUUUCUGGAAAAUCUCCCAUGGUUGAUACAGCGAGUAAGCUCAUCUUAGGUGAGAUUUUAUCUAUUUGUUUAGACUUUAGACUCUCUUACUGUUGUGUAUCUCGUGCUUGUUAUAUAAUGGAUUUAAUUAAAUGAUUAUAGUAAAAUUAGGAUUACAUUUGUUUUAGUUCAGAUGGAAAUAAAAAAGGCUUCUUUGCAUAGCAUG